AUGGCGCCAACGACCAUUACCAACAGCUUCCUCAGCAUUGGGGGAGGUGACAACCACGCCGCUAGGAGCAAUGGCAAGAAGACAGCAGUAGCAACAGCGGAGACGGCGGCCGGUGGACGGACCAGCGAGGAUAGCGUGGACCGGUCUCACGGCCUCUGGAACUAUUUGCAUCACGGACUCGACGGGUACAGCUCGCCCGAUCUGCGUUUGCUCCAGUACAAUCAGCAGCAACAGCAACAGAACCAGCAACAGCAUAAACAAUCCCCUUCGUCAUCGUCAUAUCAUAACCUCUACUUGCGGCCCGACUCGUCGAGGAGCCACCAGCACUUUCACUUUCCCCGGACGAGCUCCGAGUCGGGUUCCCGCUCUGGCACUGGCUCGACCGCGACCGCGACCGCGACCGCCAACUCGACGACGUGGACACUGAGGAGCGGCAAUAAUCACGAGAAGAGCAAUAGCAGCGGCAGUAAGAAGACGACGGCGACGACGGCGUCUGCCGCAAAUUCGGCGACGAUGGCUGUGAAGCCGACAAAGGUCAAUACCACCGGAUCAGCAACAAUUGCUGUGCCGCCUCCGCCGGUAUCGCCUUCAUCGUCGGGGCCCUUUGGGGCGCAGAUGACGAAGCAAGAAUUCGAGGCGUUGCCGGAAGCCAUUCAGCGAAAGCCAGCAAGCCAGCGCCCCCCCCCCCCCCCCAACCGAGAGGAAGUUUGA